ACGCAAGCCCAAAAACAGCUGGGAAACGUUUUAUUUUGUUUUCUUCUUCUUACUGACUGUUAGUAAGAGCAGCAGUGAGGUGUGGUGCUAAAGUAGCAGUGGUUAUGCAGCUGGUGAAGCAGUUGUGAAAAUUACGGAAAUGGCUAAUCAAAAACUUCUGCUGCAGCUCAAAGAGCUUGGAUCCAAGCUCGACAAUCCUCCCUCUACUAAAGACUCCCUCAUCAAGCUCCUUAAGCAAGGGGCUACCUGCCUCUCUGACUUGGAACAGUCACCACCAAAGGCUGUCAUGGAAUCCAUGCAACCUUUUGUAAAUGUAGUUGUCAAGCCUGAACUUCUGAAGCAUCAAGAUAGGGAAGUUAAGCUUCUUGUUGCAACAUGUAUCUGUGAGAUUACUCGAAUAACCGCACCUGAGGCUCCUUACACAGAUGAUAUUCUAAAAGAUAUCUUCCAUUUGAUUGUAAGCACUUUCGGAGGAUUAAGCGAUACAAGUAGUCCAUAUUUUGGGAGAAGAGUAGUCAUUUUGGAAACUUUGGCAAAAUAUAGAUCGUGUGUUGUGAUGCUGGAUCUUGAAUGUGAUGAUCUUAUCACUGAAAUGUUUAGUACGUUUUUCUCUGUUGCCAGGGAUGAGCAUCCUGAAAAUGUUCUAACAUCAAUGGAAACAAUCAUGGCUGUUCUCUUAGAUGAGAGUGAGGAUGUCUGGGAGGAUGUCAUACUUAAUGUAUUGUCUAACCUAGGCCGCGAUAAAAAGGAUGUUACUACAGCUGCAAGGAGGCUUGCCAUGAAUGUGAUUAAGCGAUGUGCUGGAAAACUAGAACCUAGCAUAAAGCAAUUUCUUAUAUCAUCAAUGUCAGGAGACAGCAGAUCAUCGAAGUAUCAAAUAGACUAUUAUGAAGUUAUUUAUGAUAUCUUUCAUUCUGUCCCUCAAAUUUUAUCAGGAGUCGUCCCAUACUUGACAGGAGAGCUCUUGACGGAUCAGCUGGAUACUCGUUUAAAAGCGGUGAAAUUAGUUGGGGAUCUUUUUGCACUGCCUGGGUCUACUAUCCCUGAAACCUUUCAGCCAAUACUUAUGGAAUUUUUGAAAAGGCUCACUGAUAGAGUAGUUGAGGUUAGAAUGUCUGUUCUCAACCACAUCCGAGUUUGUCUACUCUCUGAUCCUUUUAGAUCUGAGGCUCCUCAAAUUAUUGCUGCCCUUGGUGACCGACUAAUGGACUAUGAUGAAAAUGUGCGCAAGCAAGUAGUUGCUGUGAUUUGUGAUGUAGCAUGUCAUGAUCUAACAUCCAUACCUGUUGAUACUAUAAAGCUUGUGUCGGAGCGGCUUCGUGACAAAUCUCUUCUUGUGAAGAAGUUUACCAUGGAACGGCUUGCUGAGAUAUACAAGAAUUAUUGCAUGAGUUGCUCAAAUGAGUCCACAAAGAGUGAUUCAUAUGAUUGGAUCCCUGGGAAGAUAUUGAGGUGUUUCUAUGACAAAGAUUUCAGAUCUGACACAGUGGAACCAAUUCUAAGUCUGUCCUUAUUUCCAUCAGAAUUCCCUGUUGAACAUAAGGUUAAGAAUUGGGUAAGAUCCUUUGGUGGAUUUGACAAAGUUGAGGUAAAGGCUCUUGAGAAGAUAUUGGAGCAGAAACAAAGGUUACAACAGGAGAUGCAGAAGUACCUUUCUCUCAGGCAGAUGUAUCAGGAUGGUGAUGCUAAUGAGAUCCAAAAGAAAGUUCUGUUUUGCUUUCGUGUGAUGUCUCGCUGUUUUACUGAUCCUUUCAAAGCAGAAGAGAGUUUUCAGAUUCUUGACCAAUUAAAGGAUGCAAAUAUCUGGAGGAUUUUAAGAACACUCCUUGAUCCAAAUACUACUCCUACACAAGCUUCCAAUUCCCGGGAUGAUUUACUUCGUAUCCUGGGCGAGAAGCACCGGCUUUUUGAGUUUUUGAACAUAUUGUCCUUGAAAUGUGCAAAUUUACUUUUCAGCAAGGAGCAUACCAAAGAAAUCAUUCUUGAGGCUGACAUCCAGAAAUCUGCCGGAAAUGCACAAUUAAUUGUGUCUUGCAUGAGCAUACUUGUGAUUCUUGCACGUUUCUCUCCUUUCCUGCUCAGUGGAAUUGAGGAAGAUUUAAUUCAUCUGCUUGACGAUGAUAAUGAAAUAAUAAAGGAAGGUGUCUUGCAUGUUCUAGCAAGGGCUGGUGGAGCCAUCCGAGAUCAGUUGGGAGUUUCAUCAAGAUCUCUUGACCUAAUGCUUGAAAGGAUAUGCUUAGAAGGUAGUCGAAGGCAGGCAAAGUAUGCUGUGCAUGCACUAGCUUCAAUAACAAAAGAUGAUGGACUGAUGUCUCUUUCUGUAUUAUACAGGAAGCUUGUGGAUAUGCUGACGGAGAAGUCACACCUGCCUGCUGUUCUGCAGUCUCUGGGGUGCAUAGCGCAAACUGCCAUGCCAGUUUUUGAGACAAGAGAGAAAGAGAUUGAAGGCUUCAUAAUGAAAAACAUAUUGGAAUGCAGCUCUGCAUCAGAAGAUAGAGUGAAAGAAUGUUUUGAUGAUCAGAGUGAACUUUGUUCCCUGAAGAUCUUUGGCAUUAAAACAUUGGUAAAAAGUUAUUUGCCUGUCAAAGAUGCUCACCUUCGAUUGGGAAUUAAUGACCUUAUAGGAGUCCUUAAAAGCAUACUCUGCUAUGGUGAAAUGUCGCAAGAAAUUGAAUCGAGUUAUGUUGACAAAGCCCAUUUGAGGCUUGCCGCAGCGAAGGCUGUUCUUCGUCUUUCUAAGCACUGGGAUCAUGAGAUUCCAGUCGAUGUCUUCUAUCUAACCCUGGGAAUUUCGGAGGCAAGUUUUCCUGAAGUUCGGAGACUCUUUCUCAGCAAAAUAUAUCAAUACAUAAAGGAUAGGCUCUUGGAUCCUAAAUAUGCUAUUGCAUUUUUACUUGACAUGGGAUCUCAGCAGCAAUUAUUGGAAGAGGAACAGCACAACUUAAUGGAUAUCAUCCAAAUGUGUCAGCAAGGGAAGGCACGCCACUAUUCUGCACCAAGUGAUGCAAAUACACCACCACUUUAUCCUGAAUAUGUUCUCUUGUACCUGGUUCAUGCUUUUGCUCAUAACUCGUCAUUUCCUAAUCCUGACGAAUGCAAGGAUGUUAAAGCGUACGAAUCUUUUUACAGGCAAUUGUACUUUUUCCUUUCAAUGCUGGUGCAUGGAGAUGAAGAUGGAAAGUCUGACAUUGAUAUUAGCAAGGACAAGGAAAGCCUUUCUGCAAUAAUUUCCAUCUUUGAAAGCAUCAAACGUUCUGAAGAUAACGUUGAUUCUACAAAAUCCAAGAAAUUAUAUGCUAUAUGUGAUCUUGGCUUGUCAAUUACGAAACGUUUAGCACCAAAACAAGAGGAUCUUCAGGGCUGCAGUGCACCUGUCCCUCUGCCUGCAGUACUAUAUAAAUCAAAUGAGACAAAAGAAGGCAGUGACUCAGUGGUUAGUGAAUCAAGGACAUGGUUGGCUGAUGAGAGCGUUUUGACAUACUUCCAAUCCAUUAAACUGGAAGCUAAUAAAGCUGUUACUCAGGAAGUUGUUGAAGAUGAGAGCAUGAAGGACAGUGAAACUGAUGGCAGUGAGAUGCCUUUAGGAAAAAUCAUAAAGCGCCUUAAAGCUAAAGGAGCCAAGGCAAGAAGAGAGGUGAAGAAUGAAUCUGCACAAUCUGUUCAGAAGAAUGAAAAUGAUCUUGAUAUCUUGAAAAUGGUGAGAGAAAUAAACUCAGAUAAUUUGGGUGACUCUAGCAAGUUUGGGUCUAGCAAUGGCCACGAGUAUGUGUUAAAGGAAAUGAAAGCAGAUCGUAAGCUUCAGAAAAGGAAAACAAUGUUGGACGAAUCAAAAAAUGUUCCUGUUCCAAAACGCCGGAGAUCAUCUUCUAGCUUGGUUCAUAAAUCUCCUGCUAAGAAUACUUCGAAGGAGGAAUUGCCAUAUUCUGAAGUGAUGGAUGAGGGUUUUAAGACUGGUUCAGAAGAGAGAUCUUCACGUCAAAAGAUGAACGAACCAGAAGAGUCAGACUUGCUUGUAUCGUGCAUUCAGAAGGAUUCAAAUCCAAGCUUCCCGUCAAAACAUAAAGGAAAGCGUUCAUUUAGGGGCCAUGACAAGGGACAUGAAGCUAGAUUGCUUGGGAAUGAUGAGCAGAAGAAGUAUAAGAAAACCAUGGAUACAGAUAGUGAUGUUGCAACUAAUAAUUCCAACUCAGCUGCCACCAAGAAGCAGAAACGUCGAAGUGUUGCUGGCUUGGCCAAGUGCUCCUCAAAGGAAAGUGAUGCAUCAAUCGGAGACUUGAUUGGCUGCAGAAUAAAGGUUUGGUGGCCAAUGGAUAAAAGGUACUAUGAAGGUGUUGUAAAGUCCUUUGACACGGAGAAAAAGAAACAUGUGAUAUUGUAUGAUGACGGAGAUGUUGAGGUUCUCCGGCUGGAGAAAGAGCGCUGGGAGAUAAUUGACAAAGAGCAGAAACUGCGAUCAAAAUCAUCAAAGAGAUCAGGAUCUAAAGGAAGGUCUAAAACUCAUCAGAAGAGGAAAGCUUCAGAUGUCUCAGGACAAAAAGAGAAAAUUCUUGACUUGUCACCAUCAUCUCAAGCAAGAGGCAAAAGAACCCCAAGGAAAAAUGUAAAGCAUGGAAAAGCGGAUGUGUCAAAGGAUCAAGUACAGGCUUCUUUUGAGAGUGGAGGCAGUCCAAAUUUGCCAGACCCUGUACCUGAAAAGUCUGAAGAUGCAGACUCUGAUGAAGAAAGGCAGCAAAGUGUUGGUGGGGAGAAGGGUUUUGCGAGUAGCGAACAAAAUGAAAAGGAUGAAGGUUCAGUUUCUAAAGGAAAAGAGGAAGAAGAUGCUGAGAACAUGUCAAUUGACUCGGACAAGGCCCAGGAAGAAUCAUCUUCUGAAGCUAAACCGGCUGAGGGUGUAACUGAAUCCUUGCAUGGUGAUGGAUCUGACAAGGAAGAGGUUUCUUCGUCAGAUGAAGAAAAGAAGCCAGCAGUGACAAGGGAUGCAGUAGAGAAAUCAGAUUCUGAAGAUGUUCAUGGAGAUGAUGCGGGUAUAUUUGGUAAAGAACAGCAUAUGUCUGAUGAGAAAACUGGUUCUGCAGACGAGGAAAUCUCUGACGAUGAACCUUUGUCUGCGUGGAAGCGUCGAGUAGGGAAAUCGGCUGAAGGCAAAUAGGGCAGCAGUAAUGACAACGUUCCUAUAGAUUCUCAUGUGUCAUUUUGUAGAAGUGCAACAUAGACAUAUUUCAUUUUGACUCAAAUCAAGUUGGUGCAAUCCGUACAAGCCUGACUGCGCUGCUAAUGCUCUUAAUGAUAUUUCAGUUGACAGCUUACUUCAAAUAAAUGGUCGGAAGUAUAGUUUCCUGCACAGGAUUGUAGCAUUGCCAGAAGCAGCAGAUUUUAUAGGACAUAAGAAGAGACAUUUCUGUAUAGAUGCAGGAAUGGAUGUGCAGUUUGAAAUAGAUCAGCAGUUGUCGAGAGUAUUUUGUACAGCUACAAUUUGGCAUAAUGUAGUGCAGCUGGGGUUGUUAUGGCUUAGCUUUUCAUUUGUAUAUUCCUAGCUAGAGCUAGCUAGCUUAAAAAAUGAGACUGAUGUAAGUAAGUGCAUGCUGUUACCUGAAUUCAUUUUUGUAGACACACCCCUCCGUCCGUCCAGCCAGCUAUGGAUGUUGUUAUUAAUGUAUUGGAGCAUAGACUGUGUACAUUUGUGGCC